UUUAGGCUGAACUGCGCACCUCUGAGCUCGAGGGCUCGUCUUGGAUGAACCGCGUUCAGAAGCAGAAAUGUCCAACGACCCCACACCACGAUCUGCACUGCGCAGCUUUAGACUGCUAACGAGCAUCGGCUUGAAUAAAUCCACUCCACAGAGGAAAUGUUAUGAUCCCAAGGAUCCUUCGCUGAAAUUUGUCGACCGAGAGGACGAUCUGGACUUUUUAUGUGAGGACUUUGCGUCUCCAAGAGCUGAGAUGUCCUGUGGUCAUGCUGUGACCCCGACGUCUCUUACUAACUGGUGCCUUAAGUUGUUGGAAGAUGGAAAAGGCUCCUUUGUGUGUGGAGCGUCUGGCUGUAAUGCUGUGUGGCCGUAUGAGGAGGUCUGCAAGAUGGCUCUGCUGACCACUGAGGAAAUGAAGCACUUUAAGAAAACCAUGGACAUCAAUGCUGCUACUAGAAGGAGGUGUCCUGGAUGCAAGUCCCCUGUUGCGAGAAAAAAUGAAUUUAAUCUUUGUGUCAGCUGCAAAAUGUGCACAGAAAAGGGAGGACGGCUCUAUGAGUUCUGCUGGCAGUGCCAGAGGGAAUGGAAAGGUCCAAAGCCGCAGCUGGACCGCUGUGAGAAUGAUGGCUGCUGCAACACGGCGCUGCAGACUCUGAAAACCUGCCCAGAUAUCCUCUCUAGCCCAGUGAUAGGAAUCACUGGGUGUCCCUCCAUCCGAGCCUGUCCCACCUGUGGAUCACUGCUGGAGCAUAAACGAAAUGGCUGCAAAAACAUUUCCUGUCCUCGGUGUAACGUCAUGUUCUGUUUUGUGUGUUUGAAGACUUUUGCUGAAUGUUUAAACACAAAGUGUUCGAGUGGAGUCGCUCCCAGACAGACAGUUAUACCUGUGUGGAGAAAAAAAUAAUUUUUCUCCACACAACUGUGAACCUCUGUUUCUUUGGAUUUUAAUGUUCUUUCUCAAGCUUUACUGGUGUGUUAGAUUAUUCUUUUCAAUCAUACUAGUUCAGAAACCUACACAG